AUGGCGUCUCCUCUUCUCUGUACUCUCUUCCUCUUCACCAUAAUCUUCUCUCUCCAAUCACACGCCGAACAAGAAGACACUCCAAUCACUCGAUUCCAGCAAUACCUGAGAUUCAAAACCGCUCAUCCAAACCCAAACUACACCGCACCGGUCACUUUCCUCGUUGACCAAGCUCGAUCGAUCAAUCUCACCACUCGAACCAUCGAGUUCGUCUCCGGGAAGCCAGUCCUCCUCCUCACAUGGCUCGGCUCAAACCCCAAACUCCCAUCGAUCCUCUUCAGCUCCCAUCUCGACUCCGUCCCCGCCGAAGCCGAGAAAUGGAUCCACCCGCCGUUCUCAGCUCACCGGACCGACGACGGACACAUAUACGCUCGCGGCGCGCAGGACGAUAAGUGCAUCGGCGUCCAGUAUCUCGAAUCGAUCAGGAAUCUGAAAUCGAGAGGCUUCUCUCCUCUCCGCACUGUCCACAUCUCUUACGUCCCCGAGGAAGAGAUCGGAGGAUUCGACGGGAUGGAGAAAUUCGCGGCGUCGUCGGAUUUCGCCGAAUUGAAUGUCGGAUUCGCGAUGGAUGAAGGCCAGGCGAGUCCCGGAGAUGAAUUUAGGGUUUUCUUCGCUGAUCGGACUCCAUGGGAGCUCGUUAUCCGAGCUGAAGGCUUACCUGGACAUGGAGCUAAGCUUUACGACAAUGGAGCUAUGGAGAAUCUGAUGAAGAGCGUUGAGCUGAUUUCCAAAUUCAGAGAGACGCAGUUCGAUUUCGUUAAAGCUGGGAAAGCUGCGAAUUCGGAGGUUAUCUCUGUGAAUCCAGUUUAUCUCAAAGCAGGAACCUUUUCCAAAGAUGGAUUUGUGCAGAUGAAUAUGCAGCCUUCAGAAGCAGAAGCUGGGUAUGAUCUAAGGUUGCCUCCAAUGGCGGAUCCAGAUCUUAUGAAGAAGAGGAUUGCUGAAGAAUGGGCUCCUUCUGUUAGGAACAUGACCUUCAGGAUAAAAGAGAAAGGGAAGUUAAGGGACUAUUUAGGAAGACCGAUAAUGACACCAACGAAUGAUUCAAAUCCAUGGUGGUCUAUCUUCAAGCAAGCAGUUGAAGCAACCGGAGGAAAACUCGCAAAGCCGGAGAUUUUGGCUUCGACUACAGACGCACGAUAUAUUCGCGGUUUGGGGAUUCCGCUACUUGGUUUCUCUCCGAUGAUCAAUACUCCUAUUUUAUUGCAUGACCAUAACGAGUUCCUUAAAGAUACAGUGUUCUUGAAAGGGAUUGAAGUGUAUGAAUCGGUUAUCAGCGCUUUAAGUUCCUUUGAGGCAGAAACUGAUCAAGUGAUUUGA